UUAAAUAACUGAAAAAAUACGUCAAAAACUACAAUGCCGUGCCUUCCCAGGAUGCCCCGCGAGUCUUGCCCUUGACAACAGCGAUGGCGUCUGCUACCAGAAUCAUACAGAGACUCCGAAACUGGCUUUCGGGGCAAGACCUCCAAUCGAAACUGCAGCUACGGUACACAGAGAUCACCAAAAGGACCCAGCCUCCCCCCAAACUCCCACUCGGACCCAGCCACAAGUUUGCCCAAAACUACUACUGCCUGCGUGACGGACGCCGGGAGUCUGCCCCGCCGACAGUGCUCAUGUCCCCCUAUAAGGCUCUGGCUGCUGGAACACAAACUGGCAGCCAAGAAUCUGGGGUAACUGUUGCUGCCAAGCGCCCGGUAAUCCCCGGGCCACCACCUAGGAAAUGGGAGCUUUCCAAGGAUGAGCCUUACCUGUAAGAGGAACAGAGAGCCUUCGCUUCCCAAACACGUAUAUCCCCAACACUGUCACCCAGCACUGCACUUGGCAACCUGAUUACUGACUUGGUUCUGUUAAAGUUGCCGCUGGUAAUAAUAAAAACUGAGAGCGGCUGGAUGGAUCAUCAGAGUGCCCUGUCCCUGUCCUUAGCUGGAGCUUGUUUCAUAUUGUAUCAUAUUGACUUCUAGCAUCAAGUAAGAUGCUGAAUUGAAUAAAUGUAUUAUAUCUAUA